CCCUGUGCUGUCAGCGGCCUGGAGAGGAAGGGACCCGCGGCGGCGGCGUGCGCUGUGAGGGGCGGGACCGGGCGGGCUGCGGAGGGUCGGGCGGCCGAGGCCGGGCCAUGCGUGCAGCCGGGAGCGUGGGGCCGCCGGGGCCCGCGGCGAUCGCCGUGGUGCUGUUGCUGAGUAGCCUGGCGCCGGCGCGCGGCUCCGAGGACAUCGUGGUGGGCUGCGGGGGCUUCGUCAAGUCGGACGUGGAGAUCAACUACUCGCUCAUCGAGAUAAAGUUGUACACCAAGCAUGGGACUUUGAAAUACCAGACUGACUGUGCCCCAAACAAUGGCUAUUUUAUGAUCCCUUUGUAUGAUAAGGGGGAUUUCAUUCUGAAGAUUGAACCUCCCCUGGGGUGGAGUUUUGAGCCCACCAACGUGGAACUCUACGUGGACGGCGUCAGUGAUAUCUGCACGAAGGGUGGGGACAUCAACUUUGUGUUCACUGGGUUCUCUGUCAACGGCAAGGUUCUCAGUAAAGGGCAGUCCCUGGGGCCGGCAGGAGUCCAGGUUUCUCUCAGGAAUACAGGGACUGAAGCGAAGAUCCAGUCAACAGUUACACAGCCGGGUGGCAAGUUUGCAUUUUUUAAAGUUCUUCCGGGAGAUUACGAAAUCUUUGCAACUCAUCCAACCUGGGCAUUGAAAGAGGCCAGCACCACUGUGCGUGUCACUAAUUCCAAUGCCAAUGUGGCCAGUCCCCUGAUAGUGGCAGGCUACAAUGUGUCUGGCUCUGUCCGAAGUGAUGGGGAGCCUAUGAAAGGGGUGAAGUUUCUUCUCUUCUCUUCUUUCAUAACCAAAGAGGAUGUCUUGGGCUGCAAUGUCUCCCCUGUGCCUGGCUUCCAGCCCCAGGACGAGUCUCUGGUCUACCUGUGCUAUGUGGUCUCUAAAGAAGACGGCUCCUUCUCCUUCUAUUCCCUGCCGAGUGGGGGCUACACUGUGGUCCCCUUCUACAGAGGCGAGAGGAUCACCUUUGACGUUGCUCCUUCCAGACUCGAUUUUGUGGUGGAACAUGACAGCCUGAAAAUUGAGCCAGUAUUUCACGUCAUGGGCUUCUCUGUCACUGGCCGGGUCUUGAAUGGGCCUGAGGGAGAAGGAGUCCCGGAGGCAGAAGUCACGCUGAAUAAUCAGAUCAGAGUUAAAACAAAAGCUGACGGCUCGUUCCGCCUGGAGAACAUCACCACAGGGACGUACACCAUCCACGCGCAGAAGGAGCAUCUCUACUUUGAAACGAUUACAAUCAAAAUCGCACCCAACACACCUCAGCUGGCUGACAUCAUCGCAACAGGGUUCAGUGUCUGCGGUCAGAUAUCAAUCACACGCGUCCCUGACACCAUCAAGCAGAUGAGUAAAUACAAAGUUGUCCUGUCGUCUCAAGACAAGGACAAAUCUUUGGUCACCGUGGAGACGGAUGCUCAUGGAUCGUUCUGCUUUAAAGCAAAACCAGGGGCCUACAAUGUCCAGGUGGUGGUUCCAGACCUGGAGACCAGAGCGGGGCUGACCCUGAAGCCUCAGACCUUCCCUCUCAAGGUGACGGACAGGCCUGUGAUGGACGUGACGUUCGUACAGUUUUUGGCGUCUGUGUCUGGGAAAGUCUCUUGUUUGGAUACCUGCGGUGACCUGCUGGUGACCCUGCAGUCCCUGAGCCGCCAGGGUGAGAAGCGGAGCCUCCAGCUCUCUGGCAAGGUCAACUCGAUGACUUUCACAUUUGACAGCGUGCUCCCCGGAAAAUACAAAAUCACCAUCAUGCAUGAGGAUUGGUGCUGGAAGAACAAGAGCCUGGAGGUGGAGGUUCUGGAAGAGGACGUGGCUGCGAUCGAGUUCAGGCAGACGGGCUACAUGCUGAGAUGCUCCCUGUCUCAUGCCAUCACCCUGGAAUUUUAUCAGGAUGGAAAUGGACCCGAGAACGUGGGGAUUUAUAACCUCUCCAAAGGAGUCAACCGCUUCUGCCUGUCCAAGCCCGGUGUGUACAAAGUGACCCCUCGCUCUUGUCACCGCUUUGAACAAGCUUUCUACACCUAUGACACGUCUUCACCGAGUAUCUUGACGUUAACAGCCAUUCGCCACCACGUACUUGGGACCAUUACCACUGACAAAAUGAUGGAUGUCACUGUGACUAUCAAGUCUUCCAUUGACAGUGAGCCCGCCCUGGUGUUGGGCCCCCUGAAGUCUGUGCAGGAGCUGCGGAGGGAGCAGCAGCUGGCCGAGAUUGAGACGCGCAGGCAGGAGAGAGAGAAGAACAGCGUGGAAGGCGAAGAGGGAAAGACCAAGCCCCCAGUGCAGGAGAUGGUGGAUGAGUUACAAGGGCCCUUCUCAUACGACUUCUCUUACUGGGCACGGUCCGGAGAGAAAAUCACCGUUACACCCUCGUCUAAAGAGCUUCUCUUCUCUCCCCCUUCGAUGGAGGCCGUCGUCAGCGGAGAGAGCUGUCCAGGGAAGCUGAUUGAGAUCCACGGGAAGGCAGGUUUGUUUCUAGAAGGCCAGAUCCACCCGGAGUUGGAAGGAGUUGAGAUUGUCAUUAGUGAAAAGGACGCGAGCUCGCCACUGAUCACCGUCUUCACUGAUGACAAGGGGGCUUAUAGUGUCGGACCUUUGCACAGCGACCUGGAAUAUACUGUGACCUCACAGAAGGAGGGCUAUGUGCUGACUGCUGUGGAAGGAACUGUCGGAGACUUUAAGGCUUACGCCUUAGCAGGCAUAAGCUUUGAGAUAAAAGCAGAAGAUGACCAGCCCCUCCCUGGGGUCCUCCUGUCCCUCAGUGGUGGCGUGUUUCGUUCCAACCUCCUGACUCAGGACAAUGGCAUUCUGACCUUCUCAAACCUGAGCCCUGGGCAGUAUUACUUUAAGCCUAUGAUGAAGGAGUUCCGCUUUGAGCCGUCCUCCCAGAUGAUCGAGGUGCAGGAGGGACAGAACCUGCGUAUCACCAUCACUGGGUACCGCACGGCCUACAGUUGCUACGGCACAGUGUCUUCUUUAAAUGGAGAACCAGAACAGGGCGUGGCCGUGGAAGCUGUGGGACAGAACGACUGUAGUAUUUACGGAGAAGACACCGUGACAGACGAAGAGGGGAAGUUUAGGUUACGUGGCUUGCUGCCGGGGUGUGUAUACCACGUUCAGCUCAAGGCAGAAGGGAAUGAUCACAUUGAGCGGGCCCUCCCCCACCAUCGGGCCAUUGAGGUCGGGAACAAUGACAUCGAUGAUAUAAACAUCAUAGUUUUCCGGCAGAUUAAUCAAUUUGAUUUAAGUGGCAAUGUGAUCACUUCCUCUGAGUAUCUUCCAACCUUGUGGGUAAAGCUUUACAAAAGCGAGAACCUCGACAAUCCAAUCCAGACAGUGUCUCUCGGCCAGUCCCUCUUCUUCCACUUCCCGCCCCUGCUCAGGGACAGCGAGAACUAUGUUGUUGUGUUGGACUCCACGCUCCCCAGGUCCCAGUACGACUAUGUCUUGCCUCAAGUCUCUUUCACUGCUGUUGGCUACCAUAAACACAUCACUUUGAUUUUUAAUCCCACGAGAAAAUUGCCUGAGCAAGACAUUGCCCAAGGAUCCUACAUUGCUCUGCCUCUGACGCUGCUCGUUCUGCUGGCUGGUUACAACCAUGAUAAGCUCAUCCCUUUGCUGCUGCAGUUGACGAGCCGACUGCAGGGAGUCCGUGCCCUCGGCCAGACCGCCUCUGACAGCAACGGCCCCGAAGAUGUGAAAAGACAAACCAAGAAACAGAAGACGCGGCGGACGUGAGGGCGGCGGGGCGGCUGAGAGUGCGCUGGGGACGGGCCGCCGCCUGGGCACCGGC